CAGAUCGAGAGCGAGAGCGGCAAACAUUUGUGAAAGAGCGAGAGAGCGGUAAACAAACUUGACAGCUGAAAAGCUAAACGACAACAAGGCGCUAGAGGAGAAGAAAGAGGAAGAGUGGGAGACAAGAGAGCGCUGAGCGAGACAGCGCGAGUGCUGAUCAGCAGCAGAGAGAACAACAACAAACCGGCCGCCAAGAUGUACUGCGAGGGAGAGGGAGACAGGGCGAUGGAGAAUGCCGGUGUGCGACAAACUUUAGCGUCAAAAAAUUUAUUCAACGGUGGUACGCGCAAGAAUAACGACGCUGACGGUCCCGGAUCGACAACAAUAUCGGACGGCGGCGGAAUCGGAAUCGGUGAAUUGGUGCAAAACGCGAAUUAUACAAACGGUCAGACGACGCAGGCGACCAUUUUUCUCCGCAACAACAAUAGUAAUAACAACAACGGUAACCACAGUCACGGCAGAAAGAACCCGCCAAAUUCGCAACAAAAUCAAAGCAACGCGUGUGUUUAUUCGGCCAACAACAAUAUAGAGCAAAACUUCAGCAACUUAAAUUUCUACGCCCAACAGCCAGCCGCACACUACGACGUUUGCUAUCAACAGACGAACGACUACUAUCAACAGCACCAGGAGGGCCAGCAGGCGGAUCAGUACGAGGAGAACUUCGACGAGGACAUGGAGGCCGAACGCGAUCUCGCCGAGGAUGCACAGUGGAAGAAGAUCCAACAGAACACCUUCACCCGGUGGGCCAACGAGCACCUGAAGACGAUCGAUCGGUCGAUCAACAACCUGGAGACGGAUCUGUCCGAUGGUCUCCGUCUGAUCGCGCUGAUCGAAGUGCUGUCCCAGAAGCGGAUGCCCAAAUACAACAAACGCCCAACAUUCCGCAGCCAGAAGCUGGAGAACGUCUCGGUGGCCCUGAAAUUCCUCCAGGAUGAGGGUAUCAAAAUCGUUAACAUUGACUCCUCGGACAUUGUGGACUGUAAGCUGAAACUGAUACUGGGCCUGAUAUGGACACUGAUUCUCCACUACUCGAUAUCGAUGCCCAUGUGGGAUGGUGACGAUGAGAAGCAGCUCAACGGCUCUGGCCACACGCCCAAGCAGCGCCUGCUGAACUGGAUCCACGCCAAGAUACCCGAUUUGCCCAUCAACAACUUCACCAAUGACUGGACCACGGGCAAGGCGGUGGGCGCCUUGGUGGAUGCCUGUGCUCCCGGUCUCUGUCCCGACUGGGAGAUGUGGGAUCCCAAGGAUGCCGUCCAGAAUGCCUCCGAGGCCAUGGGCCUGGCCGAUGACUGGCUCAAUGUGCGUCAGCUGAUUAAGCCCGAGGAGCUGGUUAAUCCCAAUGUGGAUGAGCAGUCCAUGAUGACCUAUCUGUCGCAGUAUCCCAACUCCAAGCUCAAGACCGGUGCUCCCUUGAGGCCCAAGACGAAUCCCAAUAGCAUUCCUCCGCCGCGAGUGCGUGCUUAUGGUCCUGGCAUUGAACCCAUUGGUCCUGUGGUCGGAGCCCCGGCCAACUUCACCGUGGAAACCUUCUCGGCGGGCAAGGGUGAUGUGGAUGUGGACAUCCAGGGACCCACUGGGGAGAUCGAGAAGGCUGAUGUACGCUUCAACAACGACAAGAACUUGACCUACACGGUCUCCUACAUACCCAAGGCCGAGGGCCCCCACAAGGUGGCCGUAAAGUUCUCCGGUCGCGACAUCCCCAAGUCCCCGUUCCCCGUGAAGGUCGAGGGACAUGCCGGAGAUGCCUCCAAGGUAAAGGUGACGGGUCCCGGCAUUCAACCCAACGGCGUGACCAUCAAGAAGCCGACCUUCUUCGACAUCCUUACCAAGGAUGCGGGUCGCGGCGUGCCCGAGGUGAUCAUCAUCGAUCCCGCCAACCACAAGACCUCGGUGGCAGCCAAGGUGCGUCAGUUGGAGGACGAUACGUGGCGCUGCGAGUAUGUGACUGCUCUGCAGGGUCUGCAUUCGGUGAAUGUCUUCUACGCCGGCACACCCAUUCCGAACAGUCCGUUCCCGGUGAAGGUGGCCCCGCUGUCGGAUGCGCGUAAGGUGCGCGCCUCCGGCCGAGGCCUUCAGGCCACGGGCGUUCGCGUCGGCGACGAUGCCGACUUCAAGAUCCACACCGAGGGAGCCGGCGAGGGUGUGCCCGAGGUGCGCGUCAUUGGUCCGGGCGGCAUGAACCAGAACGUCAUGCAAUCGAAGGUGGAUGGUAACACAUACGAGUGCCACUACUAUCCCACCAAGGAGGGUCGCUACGUGAUCAUGGUGACCUUUGCCGGCCAGGAGGUGCCCAAGUCGCCGUUCGAGGUGAAGGUGGGACCCAAGAAGGAGUCCUCGAUUGUGGCCUACGGACCUGGACUAAGCAGUGGCGUCAUUGGCUACCCGGCUGCCUUUGUGGUGGAGACCAAUGGCGAGACGGGCGCCCUCGGGUUCACCGUGGCCGGUCCCUCGCAGGCCGAGAUUGAGUGCCAUGACAACGGCGAUGGCUCUGCCCUUGUCAAAUAUCAUCCAACUGCCGUCGGCGAGUAUGCCGUGCACAUUCUGUGCGACAACGAGGACAUCCCCAAGUCGCCGUUCAUUGCACAGAUCCUGCCGCGCACUGACUUCCAUCCGGAGCUGGUCAAGGCCGCUGGUCCGGGACUUGAGAAGAAUGGCGUGACCAUCAAUCAGCCGACUAGCUUCAGUGUGGACACCAGCAAGGCGGGAAAUGCCCCGCUGGACGUUGUCGUCCAGGAUGUCUAUGGCACCAAGUUGCCCGUGGAACUGAAGAACAAUCCCGAUGGCACCAAGAAGGUCACCUAUACGCCCACUUCGGGAGUUCCACACACCGUUGAAGUGAACUAUGGUGGAGUUUCCACGCCCAACUCACCGCAUCGCGUUUAUGUCGGCGUUCCCGUGGAUGCCGCUAAGGUCCAGGCCUUUGGACCUUGGCUGCAGCCCGGCGUGCGUCCCAAUGUGCCCACUCACUUCAAUGUGGACGCACGGGAGGCUGGCGAUGCAGAGCUGAAGGUGAAGGUUAUCCACGAGGAGACCAAGAUCGAGGUGCCCUGCAGGAUCAUUGACAACGAGGACAGCACCUAUUCGGUGGAGGUGAUUCCGCCCAGCAAGGGUGCCUACACCACCACGAUGACAUACGGCGGCCAGAGAGUUCCACUGGGACAGAAGGUCGUUGUGGAGCAGACGGUGGAUGUGUCCAAGAUCAAGGUGGACGGACUGGAGCCCACCGCGCCCCUGAAUAGUUUGCAGCAAUUCCGGAUCAUCACCCACGGCCUGCCCAAGGCGGACCUGGCGGUGACCAUCACCAGUCCGUCGGGCAAUCGUGUAAAGGCCCACAUCAUACCCACGGCGGAGGGAUUUCUGGUUAACUUUACACCCACCCAGCUGGGGGAGUACCUGCUGAGCAUCUGCUUUGGCGGCACCCCGAUCACGCCGCGCCCCUUCCGGCUGCAGUGCCUCACGGGCAGUGAUUCCAACAAGGUACAGGCCUUUGGUCCUGGCCUAGAACGCGGCAUAGUGGGUCAGCCGGCGGAGUUCAUGAUCGAUACCCGUGGCGCUGGACAGGGUGGCCUGGGCGUGACCGUUGAGGGACCCUGUGAGGCGGCCAUUAACUGCCGGGACAAUGGAGACGGCACCUGCAAUGUGGCCUAUUUGCCCACAGAGGCGGGCGAUUAUAGUGUCAACAUAACGUUCAACGAGCGGCACAUCAACGGUUCGCCAUUCCAGCCGCUGAUCGUUCCCGUACCGAAUCUGAAGAAUACCCGCGUCAGUGGCAUCGGCAUCCAGCCGCAUGGUGUUAUUAUGAAUGCCGCCACGGACUUCAUGGUGGACAUGAGCAAGGUGGGCAGCAACAUUGACUCUGGCAAGUUGUCCUGCGCCAUCUUCGAUCCCAUGGGCCAUGUCCUGCCCAGCAAGAUUGUGCAGGGACCCACCGAUGACAUUUUCCGCAUCAUGUACACUCCCUUCGAGGCUGGCCGCCACACCAUCGAGCUGAUGUACGACAACAUCCCGGUGCCGGGCUCCCCGUUCGUGGUGAACGUGAAGAGCGGCUGCGAUCCGGCACGCUGCAAGGCCUACGGUCCGGGUCUGGAAAAGGGUCUGACCAAUCAGAAGAACAAGUUCACCGUGGAGACCAAGGGUGCGGGCAACGGCGGCCUGUCGCUGGCCAUCGAGGGUCCCUCGGAGGCCAAGAUGACCUGCACGGACAAUCGCGACGGCAGCUGUGACGUGGACUACUUGGCCACCGAUCCGGGAGAGUAUGAUAUUACCAUUCGGUUUGCGGACAAGCACAUACCCGGCUCUCCGUUCCGCGUGCUCGUCGAGGAGACGGUGGAUCCCAGCAAGGUAAAGGUCUACGGACCGGGCAUUGAGCACGGUCAGGUGCGCGAGAGCGUGCCGACCUAUUUCAACGUGGAUGUGGGCGAGGCUGGUCCUGGCCGCAUCGCCGUCAAGCUGACCAACUCCGAGGGCAUACCCGUGGACAAUCUGCGCGUUGAGGACAAGGGCAACAGCAUUUACGCGGUGCACUAUGUGCCGCCCAAGGCGGGCUCCGUGCUCACCUGCCAGGUGAAGUUUUCCGAGGUGGAGGUGCCAUGCAGUCCAUUUGUGAUGACCGUUUUCCCCAAGUCCGAGCCCACCAAGGUCAAGGUGAAGGGUGUCAAUGAGAAGAAGAAAACGCCUGCCUCUCUGCCUGCCGAAUUCGAGAUUGAUACGAAACAAGCCGGCCAGGCGGACAUCAAUGUGGCCAUCAAGAAUCCCAAGGGCAAGCCAAUGCAGCCGCGCUUGGAGGAAGUCACCAAGGGCACAUAUGUGGUGUCCUUUGUGCCGGACGAGUGCGGAACGUACCAGUGCAGCAUCAAGUACGGCGACAAGGAGAUCGAGGGCUCACCCUUCAAACUCGAAGCAUUCCCCACCGGCGAGGCCAAGAAGUGCAAGCUGGUGGAGCAGGCGCCCAAGAUCCAGUCGUCGGGCAGUCAGUCGCACCUGAAGGUGGAUGCCCGCGAGGCAGGCGAUGGAGCUGUUACCUGCAAGAUCACAAACAAGGAGGGAAGCGAGAUCGUUGACAUUGAUGUGGUCGAGAAGGAUGGCUUCUUCGACAUCCUGUACGCGCUGAACGAUCCUGGCGACUAUGACAUCAACGUGAAGUUCGGCGGCAAGGACAUACCCAACGGCAGCUUCUCCAUCAAGGCUGUCGAAAGCAUCGAACAAUACUCGCACAGUGAAUACAUCGAGGAGCACACGACCAAGGUGGUACAGCAGACAACGCAGAGCGAACUCGUCAACGGAAAGUCAGAGACCACGUACAGGAGUGUAGCAUUUGAGAAACUACCAUUACCCACGACAGGCGGCAACGUUACAGCUGAAGUCAAAAUGCCGAGCGGUAAAGUAGACAAACCCGUGAUUCAGGACAACCGUGAUGGUACUGUCUCCGUUAAGUACGAUCCCCGCGAGGAGGGAUCCCACGAGCUGGUGGUCAAAUACAAUGGAGAGCCAGUGCAAGGAUCUCCCUUCAAAUUCCACGUGGAUUCGAUCACCUCGGGCUUCGUGACUGCCUACGGACCCGGCCUGACCCACGGCGUCACCGGUGAACCGGCCAACUUUACCAUCUCCACCAAGGGAGCCAGCGCCGGUGGCCUGACCAUGGCCGUCGAGGGACCCAGCAAGGCGACCAUCAACUACCAUGACAACAAAGAUGGCACCGUCUCCGUGCAAUACCUGCCCACUGCCCCUGGAGAGUACCAGGUGUCGGUUCGCUUCGGCGACAGGCACAUCAAGGGAUCGCCGUACUUCGCCAAGAUCACCGGCGAGGGUCGCAAGCGCAACCAGAUCUCUGUGGGCUCCUGCUCCGAGGUCACCAUGCCCGGCGACAUCACCGACGACGAUCUGCGUGCUUUGAACGCCUCCAUCCAGGCACCCAGCGGCCUGGAGGAGCCCUGCUUCCUCAAGCGCAUGCCCACCGGCAACAUUGGCAUCUCGUUCACUCCCCGCGAGACCGGCGAGCACCUGGUGUCGGUUAAGCGUCUGGGCAAGCACAUCAACAACUCCCCCUUCAAGGUGACCGUGUGCGAGCGUGAGGUGGGCGACGCCAAGAAGGUGAAGGUCAGUGGAGCCGGCCUCAAGGAGGGCCAGACGCACGCCGACAACAUCUUCUCCGUGGACACGCGCAACGCUGGCUUUGGCGGCCUCUCGGUCUCCAUCGAGGGUCCCAGCAAGGCGGAGAUCCAGUGCACGGACAAGGACGACGGAACCCUGAACAUCUCGUACAAGCCCACGGAACCGGGCUACUACAUUGUGAACCUGAAGUUUGCCGAUCACCACGUGGAGGGAUCACCCUUCACCGUCAAGGUGGCCGGCGAGGGCAGCAACCGCAAGCGCGAGAAGAUCCAGCGGGAGCGCGAUGCCGUUCCAAUCACGGAGAUCGGCAGCCAGUGCAAGCUGACGUUCAAGAUGCCCGGCAUCACCUCGUUCGAUCUGGCCGCCUGCGUCACCUCGCCCAGCAAUGUCACCGAGGAUGCGGAGAUCCAGGAGGUGGAGGAUGGCCUCUACUCAGUGCACUUUGUGCCCAAGGAGCUGGGCGUGCACACAGUGUCCGUGCGCUACUCCGAGAUGCACAUACCCGGCUCGCCCUUCCAGUUCACCGUGGGACCCCUGCGCGACUCUGGCAGCCAUCUGGUCAAGGCCGGAGGCUCGGGCUUGGAGCGCGGCGUUGUCGGUGAGGCGGCCGAGUUCAAUGUGUGGACCCGCGAGGCGGGCGGCGGUUCCCUGGCCAUUUCCGUGGAGGGUCCCAGCAAGGCGGACAUUGAGUUCAAGGACCGCAAGGACGGCAGCUGCGAUGUGUCCUACAAGGUCACCGAGCCCGGAGAGUAUCGCGUCGGUCUCAAGUUCAACGAUCGCCACAUCCCCGACUCGCCAUUCAAGGUCUACAUCUCGCCGGAUGCCGGCGAUGCCCACAAGCUGGAGGUGCAGCAGUUCCCGCAGGGCAACAUCCUGCCGGACGCCCCCUACCAGUUCAUGGUGCGCAAGAACGGCGCCAAGGGCGAGCUGGACGCAAAGAUCGUUGCUCCGUCCGGCACGGACGACGAUUGCUUCAUCCAGGCGAUCGACAGCGAGAUGGUUUCGGUGCGCUUCUAUCCGCGCGAGAACGGUAUCCAUGCCAUUCACGUCAAGUUCAACGGCGUCCACAUACCCGACUCUCCGUUCAGAAUCAAGGUCGGCAAGGAUGUGGCCGAUCCGGCCGCGGUCCAUGCCAGCGGCAACGGCCUGGACGAGGUGAAGACUGGCCACAAGGCUGACUUCAUCAUCAAUACCUGCAAUGCGGGCGUUGGCACUCUGGCCGUCUCCAUUGACGGACCCUCCAAGGUGGCCAUGGACUGCACGGAGGUGGAGGAGGGCUACAAGGUGCGCUACACUCCCCUCCUGCCCGGCGAGCACUACAUCACGGUCAAGUACAACAACAUGCACAUCGUGGGCUCGCCCUUCAAGAUCAACGCCAUUGGCGAUAAGCUGGCCGAUGAGGGCGCUCAGGAGACAUCGACGGUGACCGUUGAGACGGUGCACAAGGUGGCCAAGGGCGGUCAGAAGACGGGCGUCCAUCUGCCCACAUUCAAGUCGGAUGCCAACAAAGUGGAGUCCAAGGGCAUGGGCCUGAAGAAGGCCUACAUUGGCAAGCAGAACCAGUUUACCAUCUGUGCCACCGAUGCGGGCAACAACAUCCUGUACGUUGGCAUGUACGGACCGAAGGGACCCUGCGAGGAGCUCCACGUCAAGCACGCCGGCCACAACAACUACAAUGUGCACUAUGUGGUGCGCGAUCGCGGACAGUAUGUGCUGCUAAUCAAGUGGGGCGAGGAGCACGUGCCCGGCUCCCCAUUCCAGAUCGAUGUGUAGGGAGGGAGGAGAGCGCUAUAUGUAUAUGAAGCUAGGCCGGCCAGGCAUAUGUGUACGUGUAGAUAUAUUCUUCGCAUGUGUAUGUGUUCCAGGGCGCGCGCAUGUUCCAGGAGCGAAAGAUCCGUCAGAGUCAGUCGUGUGUUUAUUCUUGUUUUCUUCAUCGCAUAACGCCACUCUCUUUGUUUAAUUUUAAUUACUCUUGAUUGAUACAUAAUAUCAGCAUAUAUUUUAGGUAAGACUUUUUGUUAUUUGUACAUACAUACCCCCCACAUGGAAGGACGAAGCUUCUGGUGUCUUUUUUCUCGACGCGCCAUUUUCUUAAAUUCUUGAUCUUUUGUUUUAUUUGUUUUAUUUUCUUGUGAACUUAACAAUAGCCGAUACACAUAUAUAUUUUUGGAUAAACCGAAUGGAAACUUAAACAGAAAACACUUAUUCUUGGGCACACAAAUAUUACUAUUGCAAUGCGAAUAAAUCUCUUAAACAAUUAUUUAAUACUUAAGCGAACAUUAAUGAUGACAUAUUAUGUUUUCUAUUAUCACUAUCGACAUGUAAUUUACGUGAAAUAAAAAUAAAAACACAAAGAAAUACAA